UUUAAAUUAUUUAAAGCUUGCUAAAGAUUAUAUUCGGUAUGGUUUCGAAUGAGAAAAGCUUUCCGCGCGGCGGAAUAGCAAACUUACAAGCAAAUACCGAAAUUAGCACACCAAAUGUCAUUUUUGGUGCCACCCAGAAAAAGAUAAAGAAGGCGCCAAAGCCAAAGGAUAAACAAACCGACAAUGAAAAUACAGAGCAACUGCAGGCAUUCUCCGCGGAAUCGCUAACAUUCGACACACUCCAGGAGCAUAUGCUGGUGAUGGGCGUCGUGAAAUCAGCGACCGCCACCUCGCUCCAAAUCGCACUUCCCGGUCGAAUGAUGGCGCGCGCUCUCGUCGCCGAUAUAUCGGAUGCAUACGCACGCGUCGCCCAGUCCUACAUGGGCGGCGACGAUAGCGAGUAUCACGAUCUGUCCGAGCUGUUCAAAGAGGGACGCAUCGUCUAUGGACGGGCAAUGAAAACGGAUAGACAGGAAGGGAAAAGCUCAACGCUCUUGCUGACACUCAAGCCGGCCGAUGUGAACAGCAGCUUGCGACACGGCAGCAUCAAGAAGGGUUUCAUCUUCACGGGCGCCAUCGAGGAGAUACAGGAGCACGGCUGUGUAAUUGAGACUGGCAUUCAGGGGCUACAGGCUUUUAUGCCCAAUGAAGACGUAGCACAGCAGCAUCACAUCGGCGAGCUGAUCUUUCUGAAGGUGAAGCAAAUUCAGCACAAUGCCGAGCGGAGUACUUGCCAGUGCAUCCAGCUCGAACAGGAUAAACUAAAGAUCAAGAGUCAGAAUGAGACAAAUCUGGACUACAUUCUACCAGGAAGCAUUGUGAAGUUCAAGGUGUCCAAGCAGCUAAAAAACGGACUGGAGGGCAGCAUUAUGAACGAAUCGUUUAGGGGCUACGUGAAUGAGCAUUAUUUAUCCGAGGCACUGUACACGCCCCAGGACUAUGAAGUGAACGAGGAGUAUCUGGCACGUGUGCUCUAUGUGAUGCCACUGACCAAGCUGGUCUAUUUAACCUUUAAUUUGAAUAUCGGCGUCACAGCCGAGCAGGAAGCUGCCGAUGAAGAGGAGCUGCCCAAAAAGGGCACUAUUGUGGAGAAGGCACGUGUUCUACGCCAUGGCACUGGCGGCAUCAUACUCCUGCUGAAUCGCAAACACAAGGGACUCAUUUCGUACAGCUCCAUCAAAUCCAACUUCAAGGGUAACUACGAUCAGGAUGUGGUCCUCUCCAAGUACAGCAACAAGAGCAAGCACACGGUGCGUGUGCUGGGCUAUGAUGUGAUUGAGUCGCUCUAUUAUUGCACCGACAAUCCCAAUGUGGUAAACGAAAAGCUAUACAUGCUGGACGAUCUGCUAGCCGGCGACAUUGUUUCGGCUCGCAUUGUCAAGCCAGAUUCAAAGAUUGGCGGCUACUGUGUCAAAAUAGGCAACGUGAAUGGUAUCAUUGAGCAGAUGCAGCUGGCACCAAAUGUCCACUACGAGAUUGGACAAUGUCUGCGUUGCCGUGUCCUGGACAUCUGCACUGAACGCAAGAUUUGCUAUCUGAGCAAUCGAAGCGAAUAUUUGAGCAAGAGUGCCAAGCUCCUCACCACACUGCAGUCUGCACAUUCAGGCAAUCUCUUCACCGGCACGGUGGUUAAGUGCGAGCCCACCUAUAUACUGGUCAAGUUCUGUAACGGCCUCAAGGGUGUGCUGCACAAGCAGCGCCUCAACGGUUUGAUGGAGGCCACCUUCUUCGAGGGCCAAACGACCAAAUUUCGAAUUGCAGGACGAAAUAUGGAACAGAUCUUGCUAACGCUGCCCGAGGACAAGUUCCAGCUGGGGGAAAUCUGUCCCGUUGAGAUCACAAACACCUUGGACGCGGGUCUGGAAAUUAAAAUCACCAUCGCUAGCGAUGAACAGGACGAGUCGAUGGCAGAUGAUGCGGAGGAACAGACUGAAGAUUUUUUCGGUCUAAUGCCACUGCGUCUGCUCUCGGAUUACGUGGAUUUACAGGAGGCACAGAAACGCAUUUAUCCCGUCGGCUUGCACAUCGAAGCCGCCUGCAUUCAGCAGAACAUUUUCAGUCUGCGCGAUGUGCCCUAUUUCAGUGAGAAUGUAACCAAGGAUUGGCGCACCGUCCAGGUGGGCGAUGUGCUGCGAGCACAUGUAAAGCAUGCCACCGAUCAGGUGCUGGAGCUACUGCUUCCCGUGCGCAACUAUAACAAACUGGUCAAACUGCACGUCAAGAUGCUGUGCCCGAAAACCUAUCGCGAUGUGCCCAUCAUGCUGGAGCCCGAUCAACUGCUGUACGUUAAGGUGCUCAGCAAGGAGUCGGAGACCAAAACGCUCACCGUAUCCGCCAAACUGACACAUGUGUGGAGUGGCCAGCUUUCAGAUACAGCCAAGCUAGUGGAGAGCUAUUUGGAAGAAAUACUGGACAUAAGGAAAUCAUUGAAAAUAUUGGAUGCACCCAUUGCCAAGCACACAUUGGGCGAUAAAAUAGAUGUAAUCUUCAAGGGCGUUGAUCCGGCGACAAACAAUUGGGUAUAUAAUUUGAAUGGUUCCAAUGCAAUAACAGCGCUGUUGGUUGCCAGCAUGGUGGGCACAGCGGCGACAGCACCUGAAGUGGGAAGCAAACAGCAAGCGGUCAUCUUGUGGAUUGACUAUGCCAACGAUAUAUUGCUCAUAAGCAACAGGAAGGUUGAUAUUGAGCACAUUAGCAACAGCAGGGAGUUGCCUCAAAAUCUAAUUGCCAAAUCGGGCAUGAAGGCCAAGGUGCUGCUCAAGCUGGACAGCAUUGUGGUGUGCUCGCUGAAGAAGGGUGCCAACAAUCCCCUUGUGCUCUGCCCGUUGCGUCUGCACCCUAACGAUGUGGAAAACUCCGCCAGUGCUUGCCUGCGACAGGGUGACUUUUGUAAUCUGGCAUUUAUUCACGAGCAGCUGCCGAUUGCUGUGCCAGAGACUGUGUGGAAGCUGUGGAAGGGCGUUAAGCGUGCUGCAACCGAUGAGAGUGAGGAAACGCCCGUCGUCAAGAAGGCCAAACUGGAAUCAAAUCCAACGACGCCAAAGGUACCAAGUAAUAAAAAAGAGAAAACGGUGCCGCUGCAGAAUGGCAAGCAAAAGAAGAAUGGCCAGCUAUUCUUCGAAGACAAAAAACCGGCAACAAAGUCAGGUAAUUUAAAAUCCAAUGUAACCGAUUCCGCCGACAAGAUCAGACUGCCAGGCAUUAGCAGCUUUUGGGAGGCGGGGCUCAACACAUUGAACGGCAAGCAGGAAGAAGUCAGCUCUGCAGACGAGGAUGAUGAUAAGUUCAUUGCAGCAGCAGAAGCUGAUGCCAAUUCCAGUAAAAAGAAACGACUUGGCGCUAAGGCAAAGGCCAAGGCGGAAGUCAAGGAGGAGCAGCGACUACGUAAAAUCGAAGAGCGUAAUGCAGAUCCCAGUCAGCAACCAGAAACCAUCGAUCAGUUUGAACGUCUAGUGAUUGCCGAGCCGAACAACAGCAAAUCCUGGAUACAGUACAUGUCCUUCCUGCUGUCAAAUACAGAGAUCGUUAAGGCUCGUGAAAUUGCUCGACGCGCCAUCAAAACAAUUGCGUUCCGCGAGACCAAAGAGCUGCGAAACAUUUGGAUUUCCCUAAUAAAUUUGGAGCUCAGUUACAAUUCAUCCAAUUUUGAUGACGUGCUCAAAGAGGCACUUAGCCAUAACGAUCCCCUGGAGACAUACCUAAACCUAGUCGAUGUGCUCAAGUCGCACAAUCUGAAGGAGCGUCUCAUCAACACAUUAAAUAUAAUCAUGCGCAAAUUCCGAACGGAGUUGCAGGUUUGGAAAGUUUCAGCCGAUGCUUACUUCUGGCUAGGAUUGGUGGAUCGUGUGCAGCCAACGUUGCAGCGAGCACUCAACGUCUUGCCCAAAAAUCAACACAUCAAUUGCAUUGUUGCUUUCGCGAAAUUGUAUGCGCAGCAUGAGGAUAAUGCGAUGGCGCAAACAUUGCUGGAUGGUAUUGUCACCUCAUAUCCAAAACGUAUUGAUAUUUGGGUGCUGUACGUGGACAUGCUAAUCAAGAGUGGAUUAAUUGAAUCCGCAAGAAAUGUACUGGAACGUGCUGUGCUGCAGAAGCUGCAACCGGACAAGAUGCUUGUCAUCUACAAGAAGUAUCUGGACUUUGAGGAGAAGCACGGCACGGAGGGGAACGCGGCUAGGGUUAAGCAGCUGGCCGAGCAAUACGUCCAGAGUCAAAAUAAGGCGCUCAAAUAGGUUAUACAAUUUAUGGAAAGAUACAAAAAUAUAUGUGUGUGGAUAUGAA